AUGUCCUCUCCCCAACCUCCUUCCACUCCCAAAAGCUCUCGACCGACGAUAACCACUCCUCAUCGCCGGUCGAAUUCAGCUUCUUAUGCUUCUCCUAUAGAUAUCAAGCCCAAGUCUCCCGCCGCUCGCAGGAUGAGCAUGACAUCCACUUCUCAAUCUGCUUCUCUUACACCUCAGACAUUCGCAGAGAAGAUACUUGCGAAUGAGCAAGUUGUGCUCGGCGGUAUCGUUAGUUCUUUGAUGCUAUGCGGUAUAUUAUACUCCCUCAUUCGAUCGACAUCCCUUAACACGUCAGAGAUACAUCAUCAUUCCCUUCCUCAUCGAGCGGCCUAUUUUGCGCGAAAAUCAAAUAUCCUAAAUGUCGUUUUUGUCAAGCGAGCUUGGGGUUGGACUUCCCUCUUAUACCUCUUACAUCUUUUCACCUCUCCUCCAACGACCUCUUCGAAUGAUGCUGGUUCUUACUCAAGAACAAGAAGAUUCGGGGUGUGGAUAUUGGCUACCGCGGCUUGGUUGUUGUUUACAAGCUGGUUCUUUGGUGCAGGUUUAGGAGAUAGGGUUAUCGCUUUAACUGGUGGAAACUGUGCUGUUCCUUUACCAGCUGGAGUAGAUAUGAAAUCUGUUGGAGAAAUCUUCCCCAGCUUGUUCACCGCUGGACCUGAAAUCCCUGGAACAACAAGUCAAGUAAAUAAGAUAUACGUUCCACUUCCUCAAGAUUUUUGUACGGGAAAACCAUUAACACCUUCAACUUUCCCUCAAUUAUUUUCACUCAUCCCUUCGUCAGCAAAUAUCCAUGCUACAUCAGAUCAUGAUCCUCUUCACGCCUUACCCCGACCUAGAUGGCACAGGGGUUUCGAUAUCUCAGGUCACGCAUUUCUCCUCACUUUGAGCAUCAUGGUAUUAGGAAGAGAAUUAGCUGAAACUUGGAAAUCAUGGGCUGUCAAACCAGGUAAAAUCAACAGAACAUUGUUCAGAGAUACAGGUUCGAUCAAUACAGCACAUUGGUGGAUAAGCGUAUCAGCCACGGUGUUGGUUGGCAUUUGGGCUUGGAUGAUUUUGAUGACCGGAAUUUACUUUCAUAAUCCACCAGAAAAAUUAUCAGGGAUUGUCCUUGGUCUAUCCACGUCAUACUUGAUCAACGUCUUGAUACCUCCUCCAUCAUCUCAAUCAGCUUUUAAUCCAAUUUCAGCACCCAAUGCGGCGUUUUCACGUCCUACUGCAGGACUUGGAAGUAUGUUCGAUGAGAACGCAGCAAGAAGAGGUGGAGUCGUAGAUGAUGGUGUGAUACAUGAAGACGCUGAAGAAUCGUCAGGUGAUGAUCUGAUCGAUAGGGGAAAGACAAUGGGAAAGAGACAGAAAGCUGAUUAA